AUGGCUUCAGGAAAUUCAGACGUUCUGUAUAAAUACGAGUCCAUGAGAAUCAAAUGGAGUCGAUGUUUUGAGGAAGUCAGAAAUGAUCAUGUGGCUGACUCGAUCAAAACGUUCUUCCGCAACUUUCAUAGAAAUCACAGAGGUUUUACCUUCGUGGUUGGGGAGCUGUAUGAUGGGACAACUCAUCUGUUUGUUAAGCAGUCUAAAUAUCGACAAAUCAAGAAUGAGAUAGAGGAACGAGUUGAUGAGACUUUGCCAGACGUCGCACAGUUCAGGGAUGUUACAAUUAUAAAAAGAAGAAUAUCAUUUCAAGGUUUUCAGUCGUAUCGAGAUUUUGACAGGGGCACCCAACGGCAAUUUUCGGGAAAAUAUCUGUUCGGAAGACGAUUUGAGAUCUAGUAUUUUCGGAGCAUUUGUUGUAAAAUUUCUUCCUUGCCUGCCUCUCCUAGGAUUUUCGAACAUCUACAAAAUGGUAUAAUUACCCAUUUUCAACGGACUUUGACCCUAAAAAAGGCCACCUAGAAUUUUCGGGAGCCUUUUCCUGGCUGAAAUUUUCGAGAAGGUAAGUUUUUAUCCCUAUAAUUUUCGGAUCACUAGACUUUUAGCUAGGAAAUCCGAACAGAUGAAAAGUUUUUAGGGGAUAAAAACAUGCCUAUAUCUACCGUUUGAAUACUAAAAUACGUUCAACAAUGCUAUGUUAAGUGGUUUUGAACUUUUUCCCCGUUGGGUGCCCCUCUUUUGACAACGUCCUUAGAGAAAAAAACCUGGAAGUGGAAAGAAGGUUCGUAAAUUUUUGUGUAAUUACAUCCGGGGGUUAAGCAAACUGAGUCGGGGCUUGCUGGCAAAGGCUUUGUUGAUGUAGAAAAUUCUUGUCGUAUAUACGGCAUCAUGCUUUCUAGUCGCGACUUGUGUCAUUGUAACAUGAUUUAAAACGUUCGUUCUGAUAGCACUGUGGAACUGAGUUCACUACAUUAGCUAUUCUGAAUAUCCUUACAAAUGUAACUUGCAAAUUUUUGGGUUGUACACUGUUCCCUGUUGAAAAACAAUGGAAGAAGAAUAUGUUACGGCAAGUCCUAAUAUAAAGGAUAUUUAGAAAAUAUUGGCAUCUACUAACUGGUGACUGGUAUCUAUUACCUCAUUUUCUAUAUUUGAAUCAAAAUACUAUGAAUUCAGUUUUUUUCCAGGCGUUGUAGUCAGUUAAAGGAUUUUUCGUUUACGCUCUGUAUAACCUUAUUACAACGGUCCCGGCUGCGUUUAAGGUUGCUUUCGACUAGGAAAUUUUGAUGUAGAUUUUGAAAUCCGGAUUUCGGAUAGCUACUGUAGCUAAGGCUUGUCUGCUUCUAAACCGUUAUUUUCUGAUAAUUUUUAGAAGAUAUGCAGACGCAAGAAAAAAUGUAAGAAAACUACGCAGGACUCUAAGAGCAGAUCCAAAUGCCCUGAUUUUGGCAUUUGACCUGGAAGUUUACGAACAUGACCACAGUAUCAUCUUGGAGAUUGGCUACGCUAUGACAACAUUGAACAACCCGAAAAAGAUGCAAACGUUCCACUACAUCAUUAAAGAAAAUCUAAGGUAUGUGAGGAGUUGGAACUGCUAAGAGGGAAAUUGAAGGCCGACUAAAGCCUCAUGAAAACCUUGAGACUUCUCAGGCUAAAGUUGACAAUUACCAUAUCCUGUUGAUUUAAUUUACUAAAGAUUUCACACUUGCACGUGCUGUAUGCUAAGAAACGUAUUUACCUCAGUGUAUUCAAGAUAUGAACGUUUACUUCGGUUGGAAAUAAAGGACUGCCUCUAGGUCAGCAGUGACGAGAGAAGAUUAACAAAUAAGGGAUUACUGCUUAUUGCGUUAUGUUACAGAACCGAGCGAAGCGACGGCUUACAACUGAACGAUUGGUCCUUUCUUGAUUCUUUGGGAUUUUACUACCUUCUCACUACCAAUAACAAUAACAAUAAUAAUAAUAAUAAUACUUAAAUUAUCUUCUCCCCUAUGGGGCUUAUCGCGGAUAAUCAGGGAACAAAUAAUUUUAAAUGGAACAUAAAAACAUGGUCAUAAAUCCUAACGAGUAGGAGGGGAACCAGUUGGCUAUUUUACAAGCUUGACCGAGGAUUUUAACUCGGGACAACGGAGAACAAAUCCAGCUAGCAGUCCAGCGAAUUAACCGCUUGGCCAAGCUGCCUUCUACCAAAAACAGAGCAAGUAUUGGUAUUAUUUUUCAUAAUUUUACAGGUACGCAAACAAAGAUUUUGUGCCUGAUAACAGGAAACAACAGCAAGUGGUAACGUUUGCGCAUGCGUCAGUCUUUCUGGGAAGCACUUGUUGACCGGAAAUCGUAAUGGCCGAAAGCUGUCCUGAAGCACUUUCAAGGGAGAUUUUUUUGCAUACCCAGUCAAUAGCAGACAUGUGUUAUAGAUUGGAUACUUUGGCUAAGCCAUGUUGAAGUGUCAUGUAUGUGAGAAGGACCAUUUAGCUGGUUAAUUUUCAUCCAUUUGGCUCCUCUGAUGAAGCAGAUAAAGCGUUCACGAGGUCGUUUGUUGUGAUGUGUUGAUUUGUUGACAUUCAAGCGGUCACGGAUUUGUGGGUUAUCGUCCAUGAUCUGCAGAGCUGCUUAGCAUUUAGGUAAGAUAUACCCCUUCAUUUACUUUGUGAAAUGUGGAGCUGCAUCAUCGAAUGUUAUGUGUUAAAAUUAUAGCAGCCUGAAUUCAACGCAAUUUAUGUGACCCCCGUAUUUUUGUAGUAUUUAACCAUGACUGUACAGCGAAAUCCAGUUAUAUAUCCCACACAAGCGACUAAACAGGUUAAACGUCUCUUUCGGUCACUCCGUAUUUUCACUUUUAAUGGUUAAUUCAAAGGGGGAAAGUUCGAGUAUUUUGAUACUAUUUAGCGGCAUGAAAUCAACAAGCAAAUUUCCUGCUCUUACAAGUAAGGCCGUAGUCGGAUGUUUCCUUCCAUUUUCGAAAAUUUGCUUUUCUGGUUUACAUUGGUGCUCUAUGGCGAUUACUUAUUCUCGGAGAUUAAGAGAUCGAGGCAGUGGAUCGUGAAAUAUUAUUUGCUAAAACUUCGUUUAAGAUAGACAAAUUUUUCUUGUCCUUUUCAACCUUGUUUUCAGAUUUUUCGUGAACAUGUAAAACUAUAUCCCAACAAAACUUAUUUGUAAAAGCAUUGUUUCGGAACACUCUUUCAUUCUUGAAUGUUUGAUUUUGCAUCCAAGGGGGGGAACACUGAUGAAUUUGCGUUUUAAUAAUCAUGCACUGUAAGCUCUAAGAUUCAUUGACAAGAACCCUCACCAUUUUGGAAGAUGAUUAUUCUAUGAUGAUUUUGUUUAUACAUAUAAAAUUGGCGCCUAAAAGAAUUUUAAUGUUAUGCUUAAAAUGUUCACAUAAAGUCUUGAAAACAUAAAGUCUUGAAAACAAAUCUAAUCCAAGUGCAUUAUGGAAAACUCUAAACGACAUAACAUCUCGCAAAGAAAGAACUCCCAUCUCCUGCAUUGAGGCCGACGGUGUUCAAUACUCCAGCAAUAAAUCUAUCGCCAAGAUUCUGAAUGAACACUUUUCAACAAUUGGAACUAAAUUGGCGCAAAAGCUCAAGUCUUGUGGAUCCCACAUGUACUCGGCGCCUCCGGUAAACUCGAAUCUACCCCAUGAAUUUGCUUUCGAGCCAAUUACGGAAGACUUCGUUCUUCGUCAGCUUAAGCAGCUCAAAACCAAUAAAGCCAUUGGCCUCGACAAUAUCAGUGCCCGUCUACUCAAAGAUUCAGCCUCAGUAAUCAGUGCCAGUCUUACUAGAUUAUUUAAUCUUUUCCUGGAAACUCGCACCUUUCCUUCUCUAUGGAAAUUUGGAAAAGUGGCAGCGUUAUUCAAGAAAGGUGACCACUGUGAUGCUAACAAUUACAGACCCAUUACUGUGCUGCCAAUGAUCAGUAAAAUUCUAGAAAAAGCCGUGCACACCAAACUGUACGCUUAUCUUAAGAACAAUGGUAUCCUGACAUCUAAGCAAUUUGGGUUCAGACCGAAGUUAUCAACUUGAACAGCCUUAGCUCAUUUCACAGACAAUAUCCUCCAGAAUAUGGACGCUGGUUCCUUUACAGGUGCUGUUUUUCUGGACCUGUCUAAGGCCCUCGAUACAGUGGAUCAUCCCCUGCUGCUGCAAAAUUGACGAACAUCGGUCUUACCACCUCUACCACCCAGUGGUUUAGAUCGUACCUCACAAACAGAUCUCAAAUUACAUCAGUUGGAGAUGCUCACUCUGCAUCUACCGAAAUGCCUAUUGGAGUACCCCAAGGAAGUAUAUUGGGACCUUUAUUGUUUUUAAUUUACGUGAAUGAUCUUCGGACUGUCACCUGGCAAGCGAUAUUAUUCUUUAUGCAGACGAUACUGUACUCUAUUACUCAUCCAAAAGCAUCAGUGAUCUUGAACAUCACAUCAAUGCUGACUUGGGGACAGUGUCUGAGUGGUUCUCUAGAAAUCUCCUGACACUAAAUAUAUCCAAAUGUAAUUUUGUUAUCUUUGGAAGUCCUCAGAAACUGAAUCGUAUUCAAGGCAUUUCGGUUAAAGUAGAGGGCACUAGCAUUGAAAGAACACAAUCAUUCAAAUACCUAGGCGUAACGCUUCAACAGUCUAUGUCCUGGGCAGAUCACGUCGAUGCUAUCAGCAUGAAGAUUAAUCAGAGAAUAGGCCUAAUUAGGAGAAUCAGGAAUCUAUUGCCGCUACAAGCUAGAGUUGCCUUGUACAAUGCCCUAAUCCUCCUCUUUUUGAUUACGGAGACGUUAUAUGGGGGACAAAAACAAUGACACCAUCAUGUCAGAAUUACAGAUUCUACAGAAUAAAGCUGCUAAAGUUAUGCUGGGGCAACCACCCAAGCUCGUCAACUGAAGCACUGAAAAGUCUAGAUUUGAAGUCACUGUCCACAAGAAGGUUUUUUCAUCGCUGCAUUGCAAUCCACAAGUGUCUUAUUGGAGAAACCGAUUUCAGCUUUAAUUUUACUAAAAGUCAAGCUGUUCAUUCAUAUAAUACAAGACGCUCUAAUGAUAUUCGCUACCCCUACCCAGAACAAACUGGGGUAAACAAACUUUUUUUUUCACCACAAAAAGACUGGAACAGCCUUCCAAAUGAUUUAAAAGAGUGUAAUAUUUUAUCUAUUUUUAAAUCCAUGUUAAAAACUUUUUUAAAAGAUCUCAGCUAAUUUUAAACCUUGAUGUUUUUUUUGUAUUAUCGAUUUUAAGAUUUAAAAUUUUUAAAUUUGUUUUACUUGUAAACAUAUUUUACUUUUUUCGUAAUUAUUAAUUAAUUAGUUAGAUUAAUGCAUGAGGGCCCCACUGAAAACCGCCUUGGCGAGUUGGGCUCCCUCUAUAAAUAUUAUUAUUAUUAUUUAUUAAACAUAACUGAAAUCAAUAUAAAAUAUGAAAAUACACAUAUGUGCAUUAUUUUCCCUGCCCUACUAUAAAAUAUGAUAAGUGUGAUUUAAUGCAUUUUCAUGUGACCAUUAUGAUAUUACUCCCACUUUGACACUAGCACAAGUUCAAGCGUAAAACAAUUCUUUGCCUUGUUCAGCUUUGCACUUGCUGGACUGCCAUUCCUGUUUGAAGCACAGACUACACUGGACAUGAAAUCUGUGAAUUUGAUUCCUUGCAUUGGCAUCCAGAUAAGAAUUAGCUCCAUCAGAUACAAUGUAUUUGUAUGCUAACAAAAAUCAUAAAAUAUAAUGUUAUCAUUCCUUUUCUAUCCAAAAGAUUUCUUUCCUUCUUGAAUAUAAAUUCGUAUCCAUCACACUUUGGAAAUUCUGAAUAUCUAAAGGGGUAUCACUAGUUGUGUGCAACAACAAAAUGCCAUAGGAGUAACUUUCCACUGUCCACUAGAAAUAACUCUUUUGAUACUCUGGGUCUCAUAUAUUCAAUGUUUGUGCACAUGAAUUUAGGAGCACUUAUGGCUUGCCAAUGUCAGUUUGGCUGUGUAUACACAGUAGUAGUGUAUAUAGUCAUCUAUCAUAGACUGCACAAGUUGGAAUUGAUGCUCCUGGUGUUGCAAGAUGACAAGUUAUGGAAAAUUUCAUUUGCCUUUUGCCUGUUGCAGGAUUUCCCUAUGAGAUGCUCAGCACAAAACCUUGUUGAUUCAAGUGAUCGUUAUUGAGGACAACUGCAUCGUCACAUUCAAACCAGUUGCACUUUUCACUCAAGCCAUAGCAGAGCUGGUACAAAAUGGCGACUAUCUGUUUUUUAUUUAACCCUAUGCUGUCUGCAGAAUGUGAAGGGUCUGUCACUCCAUCCUGAACUGCAUCAAAUAGCCUUGGUGCCCCAGAAGACACACAGACAAGCUUUAAUUUUAUUGAGUCAUACAUUGGCUCACUUGAAGCUAUCAGGCUUUAAGAUCCUUAAGUUCUCCACAUGUUGAAAUUGAAUGAACAGGAAAAGUUAGAGCUAAUUUUCUCUCAUUUUCAAUUUCUUAAUCUUCAACUCAUAAGACCUUGGCCCCAAAUAGAUAUGGGUUAGUCAAGGGAGCUAAGCCUUAUUAGUUAUAUAUUAAAUAAUUAACACAUCUGCAGUAAAAAAUACCAACAACAAAAUUUCUGAAAAGCAAAAAUGAGUGCAAGCAUGGAAGUACCAGAAGCAGAAAAUUCACUUCAAUAUCUCAGGGAGAAAAUGCAGUUUUAAAUAUGACUUUGAUCUUUACUAUUUUAAGUAUUUUCACUGUUGUGUGCAUAUUUGCAGUUUUCUAGUAUGUAGAAGUGUGGGGAGUAAAGGGAAGGAUUUUUCAUUGUUAGGGUUACCUCAAUAAAACACAUCUGUAAUAUGACACAUCUUGUACCACUCUCCUCUCUUGGCUCAUCUAAUUCUUUAUUUUAGAGGUAUAAGGGCCAUCUUGGAUUCAAGAGCCUCCAUAUUACAAAAUUCUGCCUACACCCCUGAAUAAGUUAAGGCAUCACAUACAUUUAAUAGAUGUCAUUUCUAGAGUUUGGGUCUUUAGUUUUAUAUCAUCUAGUCAAAAAUGGAAAGAUACAAUUUCGUAGCCCUGGGUGGGAUAUCUUUGAAAUUUUAUCAGUCACAGAAUCAGGGCACUGCACCUCGUCUGGACACUGGUGGUUAGGAUAGGGUAUCUCUGAAAAUUAAUCACUGGCAGAAUCACUGCACUAAGGUUCUGGUUGCACAUCUCUAAACAACAGGGCGUUCCUGAACCAUAACUGACGUGGAAUCGUAUUAUUGCAAGGAGAUUGUCGCAUAGCAGUUAGAAUUUUUUUCACAGCGUUUUAUUCAAAUCUUAAGCGUCGGACGUUUUGUACUCGGUCACAACUUAUAUGAGAUUUUUUCCCAGUUGCCCACACAGAACCCCAUCAAAGCGUAAAAUUGUGAAUGAUCUGCGACUUAUUAGCCUUGAGACCAAUCUCGCAUAUAGAACGGAUGACUAAGACGAUGGUAAUUUUUAAAAGAGGCGCCAUUUUUCUUUGCUGCGUUCGCUGCGAUCCAAUACCACCACAAACUUCCGUCCAGCGGCUCGCGCAUACUCGCAACGUUACCACUUGCUGUUGAUAACAGGGAUCACUUCAUAUUUGGCACCUCAAAGCGCAUGUCUCUUAGGAGAGCCGCUGCAAAAAUCCAGGAGCACAUUGCAGACGCUGAUUUCUUAGUUACUCACUCUGGAGCACAUGAUACAGAGUUUCUAGACAGCUGUGGAGUCUCUAUAUCAGGGAAGCUCAUGUUCGACACUCAGAUCCUUGCUACAGCGUUACUUCCAGACGGACCACCGCUCUACAGUCUGAGGCGGUUGCUGGAAGACUUGGAAAUUAAAUUUGAUGAAAAGAUUCUCCAUAAUGGCGGAAAUGAUGCUGUCAAUACUAUGAAAGUAUUUCUAACCUUGACGCAGCACGUACUUUGA